UACAAAGAUUAGCUACUCAACGUAUUGUUUCGCAGAUGUGGGGAGCACACUCCCGUCUGUGGCGAAAGGGCGGCGGUGGUUUGAAGCCGAGAAAGAGAAAGAUGAAGAGGAAUAUGUCGGUGUGAGGACGUUUCUUUGUGUUCACGACAGCGAAGCUCAUAUCGCCAGGUGUGUCUCAUCAGCCACCGACUACCCUACUUCCCACCUUUACCACCACUGUCGAGGUAGCCAUGGCAACCAGCGCUUUGCCAAGUGACAACCUGCCAACAUACAAGCUGGUGGUGGUGGGGGAUGGUGGUGUUGGGAAGAGUGCCCUCACCAUCCAAUUUUUCCAGAAGAUCUUUGUGCCAGACUAUGAUCCCACGAUAGAGGACUCGUACCUUAAACACACAGAGAUAGAUGGACAGUGGGCAAUACUGGAUGUGCUGGACACAGCUGGCCAGGAGGAGUUCAGUGCGAUGAGGGAGCAGUAUAUGAGGACUGGAGAUGGCUUCCUCAUCGUCUUCUCUGUGACCGACAAGGCCAGCUUUGAACAUGUCGACCGAUUCCAUCAACUCAUACUACGGGUCAAAGACAGGGAGGCCUUCCCCAUGGUGUUGGUGGCAAACAAAGUGGACUUGGUCCACCUGAGAAAGGUCACCACUGACCAGGGCCAAGAGAUGGCUGCAAAACAUAACAUAACUUAUAUUGAAACCAGUGCCAAGGAUCCUCCAAUGAAUGUGGACAAAGCCUUUCAUGAGCUGGUCCGUGUUAUAAGACAACAGGUCCCAGAGCGAAACCAGAAGAAGAAAAAGAAGAUGAAAUGGAGAGCAGAACGUUCCGCAGGUUCCCACAGGUUCCACUGCGCCAUAUUGUGACCUCCUUCCUGUUAAUCAUUCGUAACAUACACACACCCACAUGCACACCCACUUCCCUUUGGAUGUCAGGGAACUCCCCAGCAGUGGUUAACUACUGGAGCACAAAAGGGAGGGGGGGUCGAUGAAUGGCUGGAUGGAUCCAGAGGGGCGGAAGGAGAAGUGAAUCUGAAAUGUUGGACUGAUGUCCCCUCAACCCUUCACAAUGCCUUGGAAUGAGUGCUGGAAUGAGUACAAUGCCCUCUCUUCUCAAUUUAUGGUCCCUUUUUAAAGGUCUUUAGAUCCCUCCUAUCUGUGUUCAAGACAGAACUACAGUGUCACUGAACUGUUUCUCAAUCAAAUGUAAUUUUUGAAUUUAAUAUCAAAUGUGGCACAAGAGGACAGACUCUGGGGGAAAAGCCAGAGAUCAGAAUCACCUUGAUGUUGGAACUUUUGCCUUCUUGAGAAAGGUAAGGAAAAGGGAGGAACUCGGUCAAAAUGGCACCUCGUGUUUUAUGGACUAACUCCCAACAGCCUGCUGGUCAUCACCUUUCUAUCCUCACACUGCUACAAUUUCUCGAAGAAAAGCACCUGUGAUUUAUUUAGAUAUGUUGUCUGUGUUCUCUCUCUUUGUAGAGUGGACAUCAUAAGGGCACGGCGGAUGAAUAUGAGAGUGGUGACAGUGUUUUUGGUAGUGAAAAUAGACGUUGUGUGGUGUUGUCAAUGAGUGAACAGCGAGUUCUGUGAGUAUAGCGUGUACCUUGUGGUCAUGUGAUGCUCUGGUUGUGUAAUGUCAGUUCAGAGAGGAUGGAAGGACGUGUCGUAGCAAGCGAAAGAAAUGUGACGUGAUGCUAAGAAAAUGUGUCAUAUCGGUUGACAGGUGAACGCUGUGGUCAUAUCAGCUUGUUGAAUACAUGUUUAAAUAUUGUAAUUGUAAAGGAAAGUAAGAUUGGUCAGUGUAUGUGGUUACACUUGAAUGUAAACAUAACAGGGUUUAUACCAACACUGACGUUUCAGUGGCCAUGUUUACAGACACUCUUAUAAAUGGAUUAUUUUCCCAUCAUAAAAACAGACAGUAUAUCAGAGCCAUCAAGUAUUUGAAAAUAAUAAUGGUUAAUUUAGGCUACCUCUUCAGUCAUUGGCAAUGUCAUGAUGAGUGCAGUCUUCUUCAGUACUGUAUGAACAAUAGCCCUGAUUUUUUUCUUUGUAGUCUUAACAGAUUCUCUUCAAAACAAGUUACUUUCCAUGUUUUUUGUAUCUAACAAAUAUAGAGAAUUACAAUUAUAUUUGUGAUAUUAAAAAAAUCUAAUUAUAGGUGGCAAUGUAAACAAAUUCACUGCUGUUUUACAAAAGAUCUGUAGGAAAUUCUUCAUGAAAUAGAAUAGAAAAGGGAUAGUGAGAGCUUCAUGUUUCAGAUCUGAAACAGGCUGGAGAAGCUGAUUUGCACUGGCCACUAACCAAAAUAAUGUGAUGUCACUUUAUUUCAAUCAUGGGGCUUUUCAGACUGCACCACUGAAUUCAGGACAAUGUUAGAAGAAGAGUCAAUGCUCAGUAAAGGAUAGCACUCCUUUAGUUUGGGGAUACAUACUGUAGCCCUGGGAAUACGUCAGUUAGGAAGCCUGUCUGAACCAGGCAGAGGGAUGCUCCUAGGGCUUAAAGCCAUGUUAACCUAGCUACAGACUAAGUUUAGUUGUAGGAAAACCACACACUCGAAGCAACAAGACAUUCAGUGUAUUCAUGUUUGUAGCGGUGAGGUGGAUAGGAAUGUACAAUUUAAUAACCUAUGAAAUGGCUUGUACUGUUAACGCACUAAAGUUUUAGUGGACAACUUUUUUGUCUGGAUGAAUACCGUCUCUUGAAGGAAUACAUUUUUGCACUUUUAAUACAAUUUCUGACUUUCCUAUUGGCAUGUUGUUUUCUGUUCCAAUCUGUAAGUGAAAUGAAAGGCACGGUCAAAACGAUUUGAAUGUCAAACCGAAUAACAAAACAAGCAAAGAGGCUAUUAGUGUUGUAGCCCUGUUUGCCUGUGUAUGCCUGUUGACUUGGCGAUGAUUGUAACAGAGAUUAGAUACGUUGGAAUGUAAUCAUUCGAAAGGUAUUUAAAUAAAAGUUCCAUAUUACUCAGUUUUGAAUUAAGAAGGUUGAGUAUGAAAACACUCAUUUAUUGAAUGGCAUACAAAUUCACCUCAGCAUGAAAGUGGAAAAUCAACCUCAGCAAAAGAAGGAAUACAGUAUUAAUCUACUGUUAAAGGGACUUCACAGAGUUUCCAGAGAAGGACAGAAAACAUUGAAGUACUGAUCAUUGAACAAUGAAGCAACAGACUCUGGAUGGUGGAGAAGGAAAAAAAAAACUGAAUGUGUUUGAUGAAAAUGUUGCAUCACGUAUGUUUGAUACCAUUUUGUAUUAUUGAUAUGAUUCUUGAAAAGUGUUUUUUAAACAACUGAAUAAUUUAUUACUGUCUAUGUUACCUCAGCGUGUCCCAGACCUGGACAAAAAGCUUAACUCCCCCCUUUUUUUCUUUUUAUUUCUUUUUGUUUGGGACUCUCAAUGGGUCAUAGGCCUUUUGCCUUUGAGCCCCCAUAGGAAGAGACUUGUAAGAGUAAUGUGUUGUGGACCAAGAUGAAGAAGCAGAAUUUAGUGAAAAAGCAUAAGGACCUCUGUUUUACUGGAGCUCUCUUCUGUGAAAAUGUAAUCACACAAGGGUCAAAUCAAAGGAAAAUUUGUCGUCCAACUUGAAAUUUUCAGUAUGUUUCUUUGUUCAAUGUGAAAUUUCCUAAAGGGAUACUUAACAUUUUGGGAAAUACUCUCAUUCCCUGAAGAUUGAUACCACUCUCAUGUCUGUACACUAAAUAUUAAGCUACAUCCAGCAGUCAGUUACCUUAUCUUAGCGUAAAGACUGGAAACAGGGGGAAACAGCUAGCCUGGCUCUGUCUGAAGAUAAAAAAAUCAGCCAACCAGCACCUCUAAAGCUCACUAAUUGAGUAUGUUAUAUUUAGUUUGUUUAAUCCGUACAAGUUGGUUUUUAUGUGAGUUGAUGUGCUGGAUUAUUUCUUACCUUUGGACAGGGGCAGGCUGGCUGUUUCCCCCAGUUUCCAGUCUAUAUGCUAAAAUAAGCUAACCGGCAUGCUAGCUAGCAUCAUAUUUAGUGUACAAAUACGAGAAUCUAACACUCGGCAAGAAAGUGAAGAAGCCUAUUUACAAACGUGUCACACAGUUCCUUUUAAGCGGACUGAGCUCAUGUGCCAGCCAGGUGUCUGCUAGUUGACUAUGUAACUUUUUGGUUUGAGGUCCAAAAUACAGUUUGAAAUCAGAAAGUUACCUUUCUUGAAUUAAUCAUUAUGGCUGGUGUGGCGACAAAGAAACCUGCUGAUUUGUUGCACCGUCUUCACAUUUCAGGCAGACCAAAUACACAUGCCGAAAGUGAAUAUAAUGUAUCGGUUAUUUGACCCUGGUUUAUGUGAGCCAAAUUGAGCACUUUUGUUUUCAUUAAUUGGAGAGGUAGCGUUCUUUAAGACACCAAGUAUUGUUGAAGUUAUGCAAUUGAUUUGAUUUGUGUGUGUGUGUGCGUGUGUGUGUGUGUGUGUGUGUCCUUAAAUGUUGUCAGUAUGUAAAGGGCCGUGUAAACUUUUAAGUUUGGAUUACAAAAAACUAAAUUUGGAGUUGUCACACCAGUUGUGUAAUGUGUGUUUUUGGGCAGGUCUGUUGUGUUCUAACUGGCUGUAUCAGACUGAGGAGCUAGACGAGGCACAAACAAACUGUGGCCUUUUUAAUCUAGCCUCAGGGGUCGAUUAUAUUUCAAUAAAGAAAUACAAGUAUUGUGACUUUA